GACUAUGGUUCGCUAUCGAAGCAUCCUGGCAAGAGCAAGAUAUCGACGAGCCAAUACUCGUUUUUCGACCCCCAUCGCGAGAAGAAAGCGUCCGAGGUCUUUGUGGCCAAGUUUGAAGCGCAAAUCGGUCGCCAGACUGACAAGAUUCGACAGAGUGUUAUGAGUGAAGAGGUCAAGAUAGGAGAACAGCGCCAGGAAUUCGUGUCCACCUUCGAAAAGUUGUACAAUGCCAUCAUGCCCACAGGCUUGCAGCCCGGGCAGAACCGCAACGAAAAUACUUCCAAGUCGAAGCACAUCCUACGCGAAGAGGCCGAGGCGAUCAUGCUACAAAGCCAAGGCCUGCUUGACAAAUUCGAGAAGGCUAGUGAGAUGCUCAAGUCAUUCGACUUGGCAUCGCCUCUUGAGACGUGGAAUCAAGACAAACACGACCUUGCCGAUAUCAUGAUGUGUGGCCGCGACUACGGCCAACACAUAGUGGAAGGUAUCCUGGUUCCAGGAUUGUACCAAGACCCACACACACACGCCCAUGAGCGUACUGAGAACCAAGAAAUAGCUGCGGGUCUCAUAGUGAAGGGCAAGACGGCCGUGGAAGGGAACAAUUGGGGAACGGUCUUUGAGGAUCAGCUUCGACGGAGCGUCGCCUUGGCAAACACCAUUUUCGUGGAGGGCACGGCUCGUGACAUGGCCAGUCUGUCCUAAUGCUGUGGAUGAAGGGUGCUCAUAUUUCUGGGGAGAAUUGGUGAUGUCGUCUCAGCCACAGUCUGCAUUCUCGACGUAGUGAAAAUAUCACAAGGGCUUUGUAUCGCAACAACUAGGGCAGAAUAAGAUUUGCGAGUGCUGUCUGACAGCAACUUUUCUUCAGUCUCGGCCUUGUCAGUAGAGGGACGCCAUGAGGUGAGUGUCG